UCUCUUUAAACUCGGUGAAUUUGUAUGGGAAUCCAAGAACGAUAACCGAACCGUUUGGUGACCGUAACAUAAUGCAACAAAGGUGAAUUUCUAGGAAAUCGUGGGUCGAAGUAGGUCACGUGAAUUUCCAAGAAAGGCAGGACUCGAGAUUAAAGCAACUGUAGACAGUUCCUAACAACAUGGAAUCUUUCCUUACAGACAUCAAAAAGGACGUUCAAUGUUCCUUGUGUAAUGAUGCAUUGACUGAACCCAAGAUCUUGAAAUGUUUUCAUAUAUUUUGCGAUCCUUGUAUCAAAAGACACGCUGAGCUGGUCGAGGAAGUCAACGCGUUCAAGUGUCCUAGAUGUAAAUCAGAAACUCCUUUGCCAGAAAUAAACAGCGUGGAAGAUCUCAAACCAAGUGUUCUUCAUUCAAGAAUCUUGAAGGGUCUGGCCUUAACAGAAGGCAGAAAGGCUUGUUCUGUUUCUGAGAGCCAUUCUGCAGCCUCUUUGUACUGCUUUGACUGUGAUCACUCGAUGUGUGACGAGUGCGAACAUAGCCAUUCAGUGUUUACCAAAGACCACAAGGUCAUUCGUCUGGCUAAUUUAAAGAAAGAAGAUUUCGAAUUGAUAAUAACAAGAGAAAAUCAUUGUGGAAACCAUCCAAAUCAAAGGUUAGAGCUAUUUUGUGAGAACUGUGAAGCAGUGAUAUGUCUAGCUUGCCUGAAAGACAAACACAAAGGCCAUGUUCCAUCAUCAUUAGAUGAAUUCGCUUCAAAAAAGAAGACAGUGUUGUCGAAGCAUCUGAAGGUGAUAGAGAAUUUCAUGUUGAAUGACAAGGAGAAGAAAGAACAUGAAGAGAUAACUUACAAAAUAAAACAGCAAGGAGAAAAAGCUUUGAAAGAAAUACAAGAGAAAACAAAGAGAAUGAUCGAGAAUCUCCGAGAAAAAGAACGAGAGUUGAUAAAGCAAGUCGUAGAGAGAUUGGAAAAUGCCGAAAGAAACUUGAACAUAAUUCAUCACAUGCCAGCAGUCAAGGAACACAUCAAUAGGAUGAUGGAAAGAGGACUGGCAAGCGAAAUUAUAAAUAUUCAAGAAACAGAAUGCUCUGAGGAAUAUAUCUUAAAUCCGAUUUCACGAUACUUGAGAAUCGUCUUUGUUCCAAAUGAAGCAUUGAUGCAAGAGGUAAACACAGGACUGGGAGAAAUACAGUCUUAUUCUAAAACAGACCACACGAUGAGCACUAUUUGCUUAGAGUCUGAGCCAGAAGCUUUAAGACAGGGAAAGCUCAAAUUGAUAUCUAAAACCUCUACAGGAGAACUUAGUCAUGAUCCAAUGGAUGUUGUGGACGUUAAAAUCGGCCCUGAAGAUGAUGUGGUAACGAAAAAGAAAUCUGUAACCAAUGAUUGUAAAAUAGAAGUGGAGUUCAUGGCUAAAGUAACUGGUCAACUGACAGCUGAGGUUCAAGUGAAUGGGAAUCAUGUAUCUAACAGUCCACUAGUGAUGAAUGUCAAGCCACAGAAGAURGAGAGAACCGUCAAAAACUUUAAAAUUAAAAGAUUAAAUAGUACACAACCUAAAAAUGUGAAUGGUAUAGCAGUGAAUAAAGAAAACGGUAGAAUAGCUGUUGCAGAUGAGUCUGCGCACUGUGUGCAUGUAUUCACCACUGAUGGACAUCUCUUACUGACGUAUGGUAGUCAAGGUAGUGGUGAGGGACAGCUAAAUAACCCUGAAGGUUUAGCAUUUCUGAAUGAUACAGAUUUAGUCAUAGCAGAUCGAAAUAAUCAUAGAAUAUGUAUACUGAACACUACAACAGGGACAUUGGUAAAGACCUUUGGUAACCAAGGUAAAGGAGAUGGAAAGUUUGGUUCUCCAAAUGGAGUCCACGUUGAUGACGACGGGAACAUCAUGGUUUGUGAUUAUGGUAAUAAUCGUGUUCAGGUAUUCACAAAAGACGGUGAAUAUCAAUAUCAGUUUAGUUUGAAAGAAGAAGACAACUUUUGUCCCCUCUGUAUAGUAACACAAGAUGGACUGUUUUACGUAAGUGAUGAUGGUAAUCACGUCAUUCAUGUAUUUGAGAAGAAAGAUGGUGUACCUACUAGAAUAUCGACGAUUGGCGGAUACGGCAGUGCUGACGGUCAGCUGAAUGAACCAUGGGGCCUGGCUAUCGAUAAGGAUAAUCAUCUACUGGUCUGUGAUCAUGCUAAUAAACGCAUCCAAAAGUUCACCUUGGAUGGUCGUUUAGUAGGCAAGACUUGUAAUAAAGUCGAUGGUCCUGUUUAUAUAACGAUUAUGAAUGAUGGCCAAGUAUUAAUUACUUCAUACGGUUAUGGAGUGCAUUUUUUUAAGUAAAACUGCAGACAGACCUCUGCUUCAUCCAUGCACUGAAGGGAUUUUUUUAAUUCAAUCAAUCAAUUAAUUUAGGUUAAGGUUUUAAAAGAUUUUGGAGGGUUCAAAUGAUUCAUCAAAAGAGCUGUUUCUUUAAUUUGCUGAGUAUCUUCAGUGAGUUCCGUCCAGAAAUUGUGCGAUCGCCAUCUCGGGUAUAUAUGACCGACAGUGGAAAAAAACCUAACAAAAUUGUACAAAUUAAUGCCAAGUUUUGUAGGUCUACGGUCUACUGAACUUUGACUAAUUUGUGCAAUUUCUUACAAAGUUUUUCACGGAUAGCUGGUACGCACUUUAAUUUCCAUAAAAGCAGACACGAUCUUUAUAAACUUCGGUUGAUGUUUGUUGGUUCACAUUUGUCCUAAAGAAUUCCAGAGUGGAAAUAAUAAGGAAAGACCCCAUAAGGGUAUGCUUUAAUCACUUAUCGUGUUGAAAUAAAAUUUAAGUAUGUAACCCAGGGAGGCCUGGGUUGUGAACCAAUUCUCUAUUAAACCAUUAAAAAAUAAUUUCUCUGG